AUGGCCAUGAUUAACUCCGCGAAUAAGAGCAGCAAUCCAGAAACGGCGUCGUACCCGGCCGUACAAUCGCCGCGUCACGCCGGCGAGAGUGUCAGCAGCCCCACCACCCAAUCGCGCCGCGCCGCCAGGGCGGUCUCAUCUCCGUGGACCCAAAUCGUGCGGGGAGAAUCUGAACCGAUCGCGGUCGCUCCUUCGUCGCCGUCGACGGCUGUGACUGAGCCAGCUGUCGCUGCUGCGCCUCCUCCUCCCCCUCCUUCUUCUUCUUCGUCUUCUCAGUCUCAGUCUAACUCUGCUCCUCAGUCGAAUUCGUCUUCGCCUCCUCCGGCGGAGGAGUCAGUGGGUGAGGGCUCCGAGAACGGCAAUGCGGGUAAGAGGCCAGCUUGGAACAAGCCCUCGAAUGGGGCCGUCGAGGUUGGGCCCGUAAUGGGAGCUGUUUCUUGGCCAGCCCUGUCCGAGUCGGCUCGGGCAUCGACGAAAUUGUCUCCGGAACCACUCAAAGGUGUAUCGGAACCACCUUUGUCUGUCUCCGUGUCGCAGGGGACUGGAACCACACCUACCUCAUCACCGAAACAAGUGAAUUCAUCUUCAACUCCAAACCAUACUGGACCUGCGCGCCAGAGACCUAUGAAACGAAAUAAUGCAAGUGCCUCCUCUAAUGGAGGUCUUCCCCAGCAUCAAUCCUCAGCUGGUCAAGGUGUUGAAAUAGUUCCAAAUAACCCUUCUCCUAAGGAGCAUACACAUAGGAGUGCAAUCGGCUCACAAUCUCACAGCAAUAAUGAUCAUCCACAGCAGCGUAACUCCUUCAGGGGCCGAAAUGGCGGUUCACAUCCUCGUGGAGAUGGCUCUCACCAUCACAACUAUAGGCGGGAUCAGGACCGCGGCGGCCAAGAUUGGAACACUCAUCGAAAUUUUAACAAUAGAGACAACCACAUGCAUCCUCAAAGGAGUGUCCCUAGGAUGAUGAGGCCCCACCAAACACCACCACCACCACCUCCUAAUGCAGCCCAAUUUAUCCACCAACCACAGAUGAGGGCUUUUGGUGGGCCCAUAGGGUUUGAAAUGCAACCUCAACUGGUUUAUGUUACACAUACACCACAUGAGCCACUUGGAGUGCCUUUCGUUGCACCAAUGCGACAUCCCAUGGUUUUUCCUGCUCCUGAUCCUCAGCUGCAUACUAAGAUCAUUAAUCAGAUAGAGUAUUAUUUCAGUAAUGACAAUUUAAUUAAAGAUACAUUCUUGAGGCGGAACAUGGAUGACCAGGGAUGGGUUCGUAUUAAAUUAAUAGCAGGCUUCAAUAAAGUUAUGAAUUUGACAGACAACAUUCAGCUUAUACUGGAUGCUAUGAGAAUGUCAACUGUUGUGGAAGUACAGGGUGAUAAAAUAAGGAGGCGCAAUGAUUGGAUGAGAUGGGUAAUGCCAACUGCCCAGCCUCCUAAUGCCUCAGGCUCUCAGGCCCUUGGAAAGUCCGGUCAAGAUAUACUGUCAGCUCAGAUCCAAAGUAUUGCACUGGAUGAGAAGACUGCUAGCAACAUCAAUAUUGAGAACAGUAGUCAGCCGCAGCCGUCUAGUGGCGAGGGAGCAGGUCAAUUUGGUGUUCAAGCAGGUUCAGAUCGCUCUAUUUCAGCAAGAAAUUAG